CAAAGACUAGAUGUGGAGAGGGCUUCAAGGUAGAACAAUAGGUGUAGUUUCGAAUUAGAAUUUUGCUUAGUCAGUCGUUUAUUACUGCUUAUUUUUUAGUUUCAUUUGGCUUAAAAUUAUUAACACUAGUUUGUGAGUAUUUUGCAAGUGUGUGAUUUGUUUCUUCUAUUUAUUAUUUUGAAUUAAUCCUUGCAAAAUAUGGAUCCGGGUAUUCUUUGUUUCCACCAUUGUGAUCACAAAGUUUUUUGUACUAUUAUACCCGAGAAAUGCCCUGUUUGCCAACAAAAAUUAGAUAGAUACGACUACAAUCUAUUACCAUUUAGAGUACCUUACCCGUUCGUGAAAGCCUCCCAACAUCCAAGAGGCAUAGUAAUGAAACCUACGCAAGGAGAUUUUCUCAAUGACUACUAUAACUCUAAGGACCUACAUAUAGGAGUGACUAACUCUCAAGGAUGUGUAAUAGAGUUCAGUCAGGAGGGGGUAAGUGGCAUUGACCUGGAGUCUAAAAAGUGGAAUGAAUGCGAGCGCUCCUUAGAUUGGGACCAAUGCCUUCUAUUAGAACAGUUUGAUGAAGUGUGGAAUGAAAUUUGGGAUAGUGUUCUCUUAAAGGUUAGCUUAAGUCCUUUAUGGGAAGCGGAAAGGUAUCACGAAGAGAGACAUAAUUGUUUCACAUUUGUUCUGGCGUUUCUAAGGGCACUUGACUGUGGAGAACUGUCCGAAAGAGCACAAGAUCCUAAACAGUUCUGCAAACAAUAUGUAGUGCCUAGAACAUCGGCUGCCGGAAAAUACAUAUCUCUUUACAGACAGCUCAAGAGACAAAGUUAUUUUGUUCAGAAACAAUGAUAUAUUCUAAACAUGUUAUUUUCUCAUUAAUUGCUAUGAGUUCAGUAUUAACUGUGAUUAUUCAUAUAAGACAAAAUUUUAACGCAUUUAAUUGUCACCAAAUGAUAGAUUUUACAUCCUUCAUUUGUGUAUUCUUAUUUAUUUGUUGUGAAAUCAAAUAUCUCAUUGAGUAAUGUUUCAACUGCUAUCAGAAUUAAGACUUUCAACUGUCUUGUCUGAUUUCAAAUUAUGAAGUAUAAACAAGGUUAGAAGUUAUUAUAUUAUUUAAUGUGUGAAUGCCAAAGAAGGCUGUCUUUUUAUUAACUGCAGCCAUUGCCAAGGUGUUGACAAAGAUUUUUUAUUUCAAAAUAGACAUACAUAUAUUUAUUUUCAUGAUGAAAUUUACAUUUAGUCUUGUGAUUGCUCUUUCUGAUUCACGUAAUGUGAAAGUGUUGGCUCUAAUGUGUGUUUAGUAUAACCCGAUGUUGAACAACAAUGCCAAGUAUAAGAGACGUCUGACAAAAGAUAAUUUACAUGCUAAAUAUCACUAACAUUUAAAAUGUUACAUAUCAUACUAUUAUACAAAUUGCUCGUCCAUUUAUCUGAUACACUCGAAAAAAUUUUUUCACUAAGGAAUUGUAUCUGGAAGCCAAUUUUUUAAACUAGAUUUCUAACUUAAUAUUUCUGUGUAGACACUCCAUAAUAAUCUUCCAUUUUUUAUUAUUGUAGUGAAUGACUGUAAAUUUGAUAAGUUUAUAUACUGAAUAUGUUUUAUGAAAUGAAAACUGAAAGCUAACUUGGUUUUGCCCCAUUUAAUCUACAAAAAAAAAAAAAAACGAAAUACCUGUGACAUUAUAAAUGUGACUUACUGUUCAAUAAUCAUAUUAAUACAAUUGAGGGUAAAUCAAUAUUUAGCCAGGAGUUUUCUAUUAUAUUAAAAUAUGUAAAUUUAUGUAAGAUAUUCAAGAGAAGUGUUCAUAGGUGAUAUCUAAAAUAGUCUUAUUUUAGGCUUUUAUAAAAUAUAAGCUUUGUCAUAUUUGAACCAUAUUAAUAUUGAUAUAGGUAUUAUUUUAGGUUGCACUUUGAAACACAUUGCAUUAUCUGUCAUCACAUUACAUAGUAUAGUGUGAUCUCAAAUCAAUAUUAUUAAUUUAAACUAUAAUUCUUUAGAAAAGGGAAUUUUUUCAUAAAUAUUUUUAUAUAUGGAUUCUACUAAAGCUUUAUUAUAAUAAUUUAUAUUGACCAAAUUCUUCCCAUUGAAUGCAUUGCAAUAUAAUAUGAAAUUAUAUUUAUUUGCGAAGACAUAUUAUUUUAAAUUAUAUUCGCUUAUAUAUUUAAGAUGCCGCUAGACAUUAAGUUAUUGAAUCUUAAUAUGCAAAACUCUAGUUUAUUGUACCACAUACAAUGUCAAAUGUACUGCCAUAAAUGAGACUUAAGAUUUAUACAGUUAAGAUUAAUUAGGUGGUAUCACUUUGUUGGAAUUGCUUUGUCUCGGAGGUAGAUGUACUUGAAUCUUCAAUUAGGCUUAAAUAAGGUGAUGAUUUAAAUUACACUGUCUCAUGCAUUUGAUUUACUACUGAAAUUUGCACUCAUAUUCAUAGGAAAGCUCUCUUUUAUUUGCACAAUCAUCGAGUGCUGCCUUAACACUAGACUAUAAAUAUGAGUGCUAGUUCCUAUUUAUACGAAUUUUUUGUAAUGAUCUCUAAUCUCUAAGACAAUUUUUCUAGGUGCUACAAUUAGAAUAAAAAAAAUUGUUACAACUUUUCGGUACUUUUUUUAUUUUCUAUGUUUCGAAAUAAAGAACAAAUUUUAUUAA